AUGUGGAAGAUAGAGGUGCUAACUGAAUUUAUUCUCUUGUUUCAGGUCUUUACAGUGGAAGAGAUGAUGCCUCAUGUACAGCAUUUGAGUGGAGCACUUAGUAAAAACCUUUUCCUGAAAGAUAAAAAGAAGAAGAGCCUUUGGCUGGUUACAGUUCUUCAUGAUCGUGAAAUCAAUCUUAAUGAACUUGCCAAAAAGUUGGGUGUUAGCAGUGGGAACCUAAGAUUUGCUGAUGAAGCUAUUAUGUUGGAGAAAUUAAGAGUUGGCCAGGGCUGCGUAACACCAUUUGCACUGUUCUGUGAUGAAAAGAAAGAGGUGAAGUUUGUGCUAGACUCCAGCUUUAUAGAUGGUGGUUAUGAAAAAAUAUAUUUUCAUCCAAUGACAAAUGCUGCAACUAUGGGUUUAACACCUGAUGACUUUUUAAAGUUUAUAAAGAAAACAGGGCAUGAAAUUGUCUCAAUAAAGUUUGAUUAGGCACUGAA